GUGUCUGGUGAGAAGGUGAGCAAACUGUCCUUGGUGGAUCUGGCCGGGAGUGAGAGAGCGCAGAAGACCGGGGCCAUGGGAGAACGACUGAAGGAAGGAAGCAACAUCAACAAGUCCUUGACCACCCUGGGUCUGGUCAUCUCCGCCCUGGCUGACCAGUCGGCUGGUGGGAAGAACAAGGCCAAGUUUGUCCCCUACAGGGACUCUGUGCUCACCUGGUUACUCAAGGACAACCUGGGCGGCAACAGUAAGACUGUGAUGGUGGCCACCAUCUCCCCGGCGGCGGACAACUACGAGGAAACGCUGUCGACCCUGCGCUACGCCGACCGGGCCAAGCGGAUCAUCAACCACGCUGUGGUCAACGAGGACCCCAACGCCCGCAUCAUCAGGGAGCUGAGGGAGGAGGUGGAGACCCUGAGGGUGCAGCUGAGUGAGGCUCAGAGCAUGAAGGCUCCGGACCUGGCAGAGAGGCUGGUGGAGUCUGAGAAGCUGAUGAAGGAGAUGUCCAAGACCUGGGAGGAAAAGCUGCAGGAGACCGAGAGAAUACACCAG